AUGGUCGAUGUUCUAUAUUCACUUGUCGAUGUUAAUGAACGAUUUGAUCAAUUAAUACUUGAUCAUCUCUAUAUUCGUCAUCUUAAUAUGACCACAAUGACCAUAAAAUCAGCAUUUGAUCGUAUCUUCUCAAUCGAUAAUCAAGUUCUUUCAAGAAUUUGUGAAAAUAUCUUCCCUCGAAUUCAUGAUCAAGUAAAUCAACUUACUAUUGACUCACAUUCAAUCGAUCGUCUUCUUACUUUUAAUUAUCCUCAACUUUAUUCAUUAUCACUUGUUGAUUUUCAAGAAAAAAAUACUUCUACAAUAUUUAAAAGAAGUUUUCAACACAAAAAUAUUAAAACUGAUCUUCAAUCAAAUGAAGAAAUUCAACGUAGUUUUAUUGGAAGACAAUAUGGACAAGUUGGUUCAAUUGUUCAAACUAUUGGAACAAACGACGUAGGCACGUGCCAUGUUUAUUCACUUCCAUAUCAAUUUGAAAACUUUAUUUAUUUAAACAAUUCUUUUCAAGGUGGCAAACUUGAUAAAGUUCGAUGCUUGAUGAUGCUUGAUUUAAUAUAUCCAUUUGAACAUAAUUUCUUUCAAGUAAUCUCUCAAGAUUUUCCUUUUCUCAAAGAAUUAUAUAUAUUAAAUUCUCAACGACAACAAAAUAAACAACAUUGGUCUACAUUGAUUACAUUUCGUCAUCUUAUUUUUCUCGAUCUUGAAGUAGCACAUAUUGAUUAUGUUGAACAAUUUCUCAUCGAUAAAAAUACUCAUCUACCUUGUUUGUUGAAUCUUAUCAUUGGAUAUGAAUCACUCGCAAUAGUUACAAACAAUUUUACCAAUGAUGCAGCACGUCUUACUUGUAGCAAAUUGAAAUGUCUUGAAAUUUCUGAACCAUUUGUUCCUCCAGAAAAUUUUCAUCAAUAUUUUUCUUUAUUAUAA